UGAGCCGAAGAAUGCCAAAGCCACACCAUGAAGCUGUCUAUAGCUCUUUUGAGCGUGGUGGCUCUCGUGGCCGUCAGCGGCCUGCCACAACCAAGGCCAGAGCCCGGUUCAGGAGUAAUCGAAGAGAUCUCCAGCUCCUCCAAGAAGGCGGCAUCUUCUCGCUCUUCCAGCAGCUCAGAUGAGAGCUCCUCCAGCACCAUCAUCAGGGGAGCUGGCGGGAAGACCAUUAUAAAGAAGACGCAAGCCGAACAAGAGCAGGAACAAGCCAGUGCUAGCCGAAAAGAAGAGUCUAGCCAAAGGAUUGUCAAACGCGUUGGAGGAGGCGUCAUCGAACAAGACUCUAGCCAGCGGGCCAGCUCUGCACAGCAGCAGCAAUCGUCUUCCUCGGCUGUCAAGAGUGAGGAACAAAUUAUCAGCGGCAGAGGAGGGUUAGUGAGCAAAAAGACCCAGAAAAGUGCUAAGCAAGACUCAUCCCAAAGCGCAUCUGCUGAUUCCAGUAAGUCUUCAAGGAAGAUCACUCGCUCCGGUGUCGAAGAAAGCCAAGAGCGGAAAUCUGCCAAAUCAGCCAAAAAGAGCAGCGCCGAGCAAAAUGAGCGUGAGGAACUCCUUAUCCGAGGAGGCAACCGUGUGGAGAAGAGCCAAAAGAACUCCAAGCAGGCGCAGUCAUCUCGGCAAUCAUCUAAUGAACAGAGGAGAUCAUCGAAACGAUCUGGUUCUUCAUUAGAAGAAAAGUCCAGCUCUAGAAGCUCCGACCGCAAACAAGCCAGCUCAAGUGAGAGCAGCGAAGAGAGAGAGAGAAGGGAAAGGCGUGGGCGCACCUCCGUAGAAAUCGAGGAAGAGAGACGCAAGAAGGAACGCAGCUCUAAAUCUAGCUCCAGCUCUGAGAACGAAGAGUCCAGGCGUAGGAGAAUCUCCGGGUCUUCUAAGGAGACUGAGGAACAACACAGACGUAGUAGUUCAAAGAGAUCUUCAAGUUCUGAAGAAAGCGAAGAAGAAUUAAGACGCCGUGUAAAGAAGGGUGGCAAGGACGACGAUUGUGAUGACGGCCAUGGAGGUCCGGGCAGACCAGGGCGCCCAGGCAGACCAGGCAGACCAGGCAGACCAGGCAGACCAGGCAGACCAGGCAUCCCAGGCGGUCCGGGUGGACCAGGUACUCCAGGAGGCCCAGGCACCCCAGGAGGCCCAGGCGCUCCCGGUGGACCAGGCGCUCCAGGUGGACCAGGCGGUCCGGGCGGCCCAGGCGCUCCGGGUGGUCCAGGCGCUCCGGGAGGCCCAGGCGCUCCAGGAGGCCCAGGCGCUCCAGGUGGACCAGGCGCUCCAGGAGGCCCAGGCGCUCCGGGUGGACCAGGUGGACCAGGCGCUCCGGGAGGCCCAGGCGCUCCGGGUGGACCAGGUGGACCAGGCGCUCCGGGUGGACCAGGCGCUCCAGGUGGACCAGGCGCUCCAGGAGGCCCAGGCGCUCCAGGUGGACCAGGCGCUCCGGGUGGACCAGGUGGACCAGGCGCUCCGGGAGGCCCAGGCGCUCCAGGUGGACCAGGCGCUCCAGGAGGCCCAGGCGCUCCAGGAGGCCCAGGCGCUCCGGGUGGACCAGGAGGCCCAGGCGCUCCAGGUGGACCAGGCGCUCCAGGAGGCCCAGGCGCUCCAGGAGGCCCAGGCGCUCCGGGUGGACCAGGAGGCCCAGGCGCUCCAGGUGGACCAGGCGCUCCAGGAGGCCCAGGCGCUCCAGGUGGACCAGGCGCUCCAGGAGGCCCAGGCGCUCCGGGUGGACCAGGUGGACCAGGCGCUCCGGGAGGCCCAGGCGCUCCAGGUGGACCAGGUGCUCCAGGAGGCCCUGGCGCUCCGGGUGGACCAGGAGGCCCAGGCGCUCCAGGUGGACCAGGCGCUCCAGGAGGCCCAGGCGCUCCAGGAGGCCCAGGCGCUCCAGGAGGACCAGGCGCUCCGGGUGGACCAGGAGGCCCAGGCGCUCCAGGUGGACCAGGCGCUCCAGGAGGCCCAGGCGCUCCAGGAGGCCCAGGCGCUCCGGGUGGACCAGGUGGACCAGGCGCUCCAGGAGGCCCAGGCGCUCCGGGUGGACCAGGUGGACCAGGCGCUCCAGGAGGCCCAGGUGGACCAGGAGAACCAGAUCAACCAGGACUACCAGGAGGUCCAAGCGAGCCAUGUGGACCAGGAACACCGGGAGGCCCAGGCACUCCAGGACUACCAGGAAACCCAGGCAAACCGGACCUACCAGGAACCCCUGGCAAUCCGGACCAACCCGGAACCCCAGGCAAACCAGACCAACCAGGAACCCCUGGCAAUCCGAACCAACCAGGUACCCCUGGCAAUCCGGACCAACCAGGAACCCCAGGCAAACCAGACCAACCAGGAACCCCUGGCAAUCCGGACCAACCAGGAACCCCAGGCAAACCGGACCAACCAGGUACCCCUGGCAAUCCGGACCAACCAGGAACCCCAGGCAAACCAGACCAACCAGGUACCCCUGGCAAUCCGGACCAACCAGGAACCCCUGACAAACCGGACCUACCAGGAACCCCAGGCAAACCAGAUCAACCAGGAACCCCCAACAAACCGGACCAACCAGGAACCCCAGGCCAACCGGACAAACCAGGAACCCCAGACCAACCUGACCAACCAGGAACCCCAGGCCAACCGGACCAACCAGGAACCCCAGACCAACCGGACCAACCAGGAACCCCAGGCCAGCCGGACCAACCAGGAACCCCAGACCAACCAGACCAACCAGGAACUCCAGGCCAGCCGGACCAACCAGGAACCCCAGACAAACCGGACCAACCAGGAACUCCAGGCCAACCGGACCAACCAGGAACCCCAGACCAACCUGACCAACCAGGAACUCCAGGUGGACCAGGUGGACCAGGCGCUCCAGGAGGUCCAGGCGCUCCAGGUGGACCAGGCGCUCCGGGAGGCCCAGGCGCUCCAGGUGGACCAGGCGCUCCGGGAGGCCCAGGCGCUCCAGGUGGACCAGGUGGACCAGGCGCUCCAGGAGGCCCAGGCGCUCCAGGUGGACCAGGUGGACCAGGCGCUCCGGGAGGACCAGGCGCUCCAGGUGGACCAGGUGGACCAGGCGCUCCAGGAGGCCCAGGCGCUCCAGGAGGCCCAGGCGCUCCGGGCGGACCAGGCGCUCCAGGUGGACCUGGUGGACCAGGCGCUCCGGGAGGCCCAGGCGCUCCAGGUGGACCAGGCGCUCCAGGAGGCCCAGGCGCGCCAGGAGGCCCAGGCGCUCCAGGAGGCCCAGGCGCUCCGGGCGGACCAGGCGCUCCAGGUGGACCAGGUGGGCCAGGCGCUCCAGGUGGACCAGGCGCUCCAGGAGGCCCAGGCGCUCCGGGCGGACCAGGCGCUCCGGGAGGUCCAGGCGCUCCAGGUGGACCAGGUGCUCCGGGUGGACCAGGCGCUCCAGGUGGACCAGGUGGACCAGGCGCUCCAGGAGGCCCAGGCGCUCCAGGUGGACCAGGCGCUCCGGGAGGCCCAGGCGCUCCAGGUGGACCAGGCGCUCCAGGAGGCCCAGGCGCUCCGGGCGGACCAGGCGCUCCGGGAGGUCCAGGCGCUCCAGGUGGACCAGGUGGACCAGGCGCUCCAGGUGGACCAGGUGCUCCGGGUGGACCAGGCGCUCCAGGUGGACCAGGUGGACCAGGCGCUCCGGGAGGACCAGGCGCUCCAGGUGGACCAGGUGGACCAGGUGCUCCAGGAGGCCCAGGCGCUCCAGGUGGACCAGGCGCUCCGGGAGGCCCAGGCGCUCCAGGUGGACCAGGCGCUCCGGGAGGACCAGGCGCUCCAGGUGGACCAGGUGGACCAGGCGCUCCAGGAGGCCCAGGCGCUCCGGGCGGACCAGGCGCUCCGGGAGGUCCAGGCGCUCCAGGUGGACCAGGUGGACCAGGCGCUCCGGGAGGCCCAGGCUCUCCAGGAAAACCAGGGAAACCAGGCAAAGCAACGAAGAAAACAACAAGCUCACACCAAGAAUCCGGUACUUCAUCUGGAAACAGCUCAUCACAGAACGAGGAUACUACUGAUGCCAAGGGCAACAGGCGUACCAAGACUUCAAACGCGAGUGAUAAGUCCAAUAGCAAUAAGAAAUCCUCUCAAGCUCAAACUGUUAUUAAGAAGUCGGAUGGAUCAAUCAUCAAAAAAUCAUCCCAGGACGCCAGUGAAUCCGACAACAAAGCAAGCUCAUCCAAUGUUCGCGAGAAAAACACAAAUGCUGACGGAUCCUCCAAUGAGAGGUCUGAGCAAAACGCGUCCAAGUCAUCCCACAAAGCCGCUUCAAGCAAUAAACAGUCGAAGCAAGUAAACAAAGAUGGAUCUUCUGUUGAGUCUUCUGACAAAACUGCUUCAAACGAGAACAACAAAGCUGCGUCUAGCAACAAGCAACUUAAACAAAUAAAUAAAGAUGGUUCGUCUCGGGAAGCGUCAGAGCGUUCAGCUUCUAAUGAAAGUGACAAAGCGGCUUCCACCAACAAGCAAACGAAACGAAUCAACAAAGACGGAUCUUCUACUCGAGCGUCUGAAAAAUCGGCUUCAAAGGAGAACAGCAAGAAUGCUUCUACCAACAAACAAUCAAAAAUAGUGAACAAAGACGGAUCCUCUCAACAGUCCUCUGAAAAAUCUGCCUCAAGUGAGAAGAAUAAGGCUGCUUCGACCAACAAACAACUGAAACAAAUAAAUAAAGAUGGUUCGUCUCGGGAAGCGUCAGAGCGUUCAGCUUCUAAUGAAAGUGACAAAGCGGCUUCCACCAACAAGCAAACGAAACGAAUCAACAAAGACGGAUCUUCUACUCGAGCGUCUGAAAAAUCGGCUUCAAAGGAGAACAGCAAGAAUGCUUCUACCAACAAACAAUCAAAAAUAGUGAACAAAGACGGAUCCUCUCAACAGUCCUCUGAAAAAUCUGCCUCAAGUGAGAAGAAUAAGGCUGCUUCGACCAACAAACAAGUGAAACAAAUCAACAAAGACGGAUCUUCCAACGAGGCUUCUGAACAAUCGGCUUCUAAUGAAAGUAACAAAGCCUCAUCAACCAACAAGCAAUUGAAACAAAUCAACAAAGAUGGAUCUUCCAAGAUAGCCUCUGAGCAAUCUGCUUCGAAACAGAACAGCAAGAAUGCAUCUAGCAACAAACAAUUGAAACAAGUAAACAAAGAUGGAUCAUCUAAACAGUCCUCUGAACAAUCUGCUUCAAAAGAGAACAACAAGGCUGCAUCCAAAAAUACCCAAGUGAAACAGAUUAACAAAGACGGAUCUUCUCGCGAAGCAUCAGAGCAAUCUGCUUCAAUUGAAAGCAACAAGGCUGCUUCCAGAAACACACAAACAAAACAAACUAACAAAGACGGAUCUUCCAAGGCAGCAUCUGAACAAUCUGCUUCCAAGCAGAAAAGCAAAGCUGCUUCUAAAAAUACACAAUUGAAACAAGUUAACAAGGACGGAUCCACUGUACAGGCAUCUGAACAAUCUGCUUCAGUAGAGAACAGCAAAGCUGCUUCCAAAAACACACAAUUGAAACAAGUAAAUAGGGACGGAUCCUCUGUGCAGGCAUCUGAACAAUCUGCUUCAGUAGAGAACAGCAAAGCUGCUUCCAAAAACACACAAUUGAAAAAAGUUAACCGCGAUGGAUCCACCGUGGAGGCAUCUCAACAAGCCGCCUCGAAAGAGAAUAACAAGGCUGCUUCCAGCAACAAACAAAUAAAAAAAGUAAACAAAGAUGGAUCCACUUCGGAGGGUUCUGAGCAAUCUGCUUCAAAUGAAAGCAACAAGGCUGCUUCUAGCAACACGCAAUCUAAAGUUGUAGGUGCCGAUGGAUCCGUAAAGACUGCCAGUGAACAGAAGGCUUCCAAGUCCAGCGCAGCCAAUGCUAGCACAAACAAGCAGUCGCGCGUUGUUGGACCCGAUGGCAGUAGCAGCAUUAGCAGCAGCAGCCAAGCCUCGUCCUCUAGUUCCAGCUCCUCAUCCUCAUCUUCCACCGUUGAGGAGGUAGUUUCUGACGACGAAUGUUAAAUAAUUAAGUAAUUCAACAUUUUGACCCACGUCCGUGUAUAUUUUUUUUGAUAAAGGAACUUCAUUGCUUUUUAAAUUGAUUUUUUUCAAAUUAUAUUUUCUUUGUUCAUGUGUGCUUAAUUCGAAAUAAACGAACGAUUGAUAAAA